CAUUCAAAUGGAGCGAGCCAGUCUGCCGCUGGGGGCUGCUGCUUGACGUGGACCGUGCUUGCUUGAACAUGCAGGCUAUAUAGCUUCGUAAGAAGUUGGGCCUCGCCAUGCAGAUGUACACUGAUGAGUGACUCCUACUCCCGAGUCGUGCUCUUUUUAGUUGUCGAGGUGCUUGCCGGGCCGCUGUGAUUGCUUGUUUUGUGCGCAUCAAGCUUGCAUGCUGCUGACGUGUGCUGGCAGACGCGUGCUCAAUCCACAUUGUGCCGGGGCAAACGGUUAUAAAUCCAAGGCAAUAAUAAUCACAGAGUUCCGAUUGAAAGCAGGCAUUCACGAGUCUGUUCGAAUGGUGAAUGUUUGUAGCCGUCGCGAGUUCAAGCGGUGCGUCCUCAUCAAGCUUUGGGUGGCGACUCUCUCAGCGAGCAGCUGCUGCAGCUCUUCGCGCUCGCUCGCAGGCCAAACAAGCAGCAGCAGCAGAGGCAGCUUGCGCGUGCGUGCGUGCCGGUGCGCGUCAUGCAUGCCAUGCACGCAGGCCUGCAAAUCGUACGCUCUCGCGCAUAAAGCACAUAGACCCUGCGCUCUAGCUCGCACGCAUCAUCACCGCGCAACAGUAUCCGCCACGCGACGCUGCGUGCAUGGCGCCCGCGCUGAGCCUCUUCGCCUCGCUUGGUUCGCCUGAGUGCUGCUGUAGGCACAGGGAUCAAGGGACAUGGCCGAACCCGCAAUGCCUCGAAAGCCACACCUUCGCCCGACCCGACCCUUUUCACCCUUCGUGUGCACUACCCUCUCCCACUCUCCCAACUUCGACAUCUCACGUCACCCACCCAUCUUCCCAGUCGCUCCUGUCUCUCCAGCACCCCCCUUUUCCACUUUGGUCAUUCCCAACA